UACCUCGGGUCGGUUGCUAAAGCAGAGCUGUACUCCUUGUAACCCGCAAUGGCCGACUCCAGCAUCUCCGCUACGCCUGUCCCGCCGCUUGUCCCACCGCCAAACCGACCUGGCAGGCCAAUGAGUGAAGCUUUAUUGAACGAAAAGUGGGACCACUGCCUCAGCACUCUCCUCAUACGAAGCACACUCGGCGCAGGGUUUGGCGUGAUUUUCUCUGUGCUACUGUUCAGACGGAGAGCAUGGCCGGUAUUCACAGGCCUGGGCUUUGGUGCGGGUAGGGCAUGGGAAGAGUGCGAUUCGAGUUUCAAACGCGCAACCGCGCCCUCCAGAGACGGUCUUCGGGUUCUACGACCUUCGUAGACCGCCUGCAGUUUCUAGCCUGUCUCUACGCACCAUACCAAACUAAUAGCGACGUUAGACUACCAGCAAGCUUCGCCGCAUGGGACAAAAACUGGCUCAAACCGUG